AUGGUGGACGGGAUGACUCUGGUGGUGCACCGAUGUCGUUUCGUCGAUUUCACACCAGCGGCGGUCACUGCACUUUCCUUUCCACCACUACGGCUACCUUCCGUGAAGGGAAAGAAAAGCACUGCCCACCAACAAACGUUGAAAUUCACCACCCUCGCCGUGGGCCGAGCCAAUGGCAAUAUCGAGCUGUGUGAAUGGACCGGGACGGACUCAUACUAUGAAGCACCGCAGGCGUGGGUGGUGAGGAAGACAUUAGCGGGACUUUAUCCUUCGAAGGUAGAAUCGCUCGCAUUCUCAAUUCGAUUUUUAGAUGAAGUGGCGGAAGACGAAGUACCUUCCAUCUUGAACCUCCGGCUUUUCAGUGCAGGUGGCAGCAGCGAGUUAGCCGAGUGGGACAUUGAGCAUAGCUGUGUCCGAAGGACAAUCGCCUCGCAAGGAGGCACCAUCUGGGCUGUCUCUCCGAAUCCGGCGUCGACUCUCCUAGCACUAGGGUGUGAAGACGGAUCCGUUCGCUUGCUCUCGAUCGAGAACGACUCUUUGACGCACAUGCGGCGUUUUGACCGGGUGAAAAGUCGAAUUCUGAGCCUUGCUUGGGGGCCGCCGAUCCCUCGCCAGACUGCAAAAAAGCAGAAACAGGACGCCAUGGAUACAUCAGACGACGACGAUGACGAAAACGACUGGAAAGACUCUUGGCUCGUCACUGGGUGCUCAGAUUCCAGUUUGCGGAAAUGGGACCUGGCCACUGGCCGAGUGCUUGACCGGAUGGGGACCGACAAGAUUCGCGGAGAACGAACACUAGUGUGGACAGUGAGCGUCCUGGGGGACGGCACCAUCGUGUCGGGAGACUCAAUGGGCAUGGUGAAAUUCUGGGACCCUGUGACAUGUACUCAGAUGGAAAGUUUUCAUGGCCAUGCAGCAGAUGUUCUUUGCCUGACAAUCGGCCCUGAAGGCACGGUCGUCUACACUUCCGGCGUGGACCAGAAGAUCACUCAGUUUUCCUACAUCAAGAUAUCUCGGUCGGAAAUGUCGUCGUCCCCCUCGGCCGGCUCUCCAUCCCGGUGGGUACAAACUUCCUCUCGCCGUAUGCACUCGCACGACGUCCGUGCGAUCGCGAUAUGGCCACCAUAUUCACCACUUCCGCCACCAUAUCGCCGACAAUUCCCUCUGGAUAUUGCCCCCGUGUUGGCCUCAGGAGGCUUCGAUAUGUCCGUUGUCCUGACUCCCGCUGCGUUGCCGACAAGCACGGUAGUGAAGGUGGUCAAUCCGUUAGCCACUAGCACGGCGGCGACGUUCGGGGACUCAUACCACCGCCGGCUGGCGUACAGUUCUGGCCCGUGCAAUUCGUCUGCCGUCCACCUCGCGCGUCAAGCGCGUCUACUGCUGUGCAUGAGGGAUGCCGGGCUCACUGUGUGGCGUAUCCUGCCGAAGCGCUUGUCCUUCGAGCAGCAGAGUGACGAAUUGGAUGGUGACGUUCCCAGCGGUGGAUGGGAGCGGGUCCUUGACAUGGAGUUGAACGUCCAUACAAACCUCGUCGCCAGCGCUAUUUCUAACGACGGCCGAUGGAUUGCUAUCUCGGAUUGGUAUGAAUCGAAGCUAUUCCAUUUGGAGCAAGAGCAAAGUGGAGACCUCAAACCAAGACGAAUACGUGACUUCUCCGCAAUCAUCCAGAGCCAUAUAGGCAGUUCACCGGCAUCCACAGGCUCCUCUUCUCUGACCUUUACCCCAGAUUCAUCGAAGCUAGUGAUGGCGACCGCUACCUCUUCUUACGUGGUCGUCGUUGAUAUCGGGAAUGAAGAGAGUCUACCUCGCGUCCUCCGGAAAUUUGAGCACCAUCGCCUGCGCGAUAACGUGGUAGGGAACCGCGUGAUUAGAGGUCGGAAGGGCCUGCAAGACGCUGAGCCAGCGGAGUCUGAGGACGCUGGAGAAUCAUCCGAAAACGAGGCUGCUACAUCCAAGCAGGUGACCGCGACAAUCACGCGGAUGGCCAUCAGUCCCGACGGACAGUGGUUGGUGACGACGGACGACCACUGUCAGACACACGUGUUCAACCUCGAUUCCAUCCAGUAUCACUGCACACUCCCCUCCUUCCCCCAGCCCAUCCACGCGCUGGCCUUCGAUCCUUCCGCGCCGAGCUUGCUCGUCCUCGGAUUCGCGAACAACACGAUCCAGGUGUACGAUGUAGAGGCGCGCCAGUUCCCGCGGUGGGCGCAGGCCCUUAACGGCGGGCUCCCGCAGCGUUUUACGCACCUACACGACCCCAUCCUCGGUGUCUCGUUCGAUCCGGGCGCGCGCGUGGGGGAGGGCGGCGCUUACACGCCGCACCGGCACGCGCUCUUCUGGGGCGCGACCUGGCUGUGCCGCGUCAAGCUCGACGCGUCUGCUGGCUGGGGUGGGUUCGAGAAGAAGAGGAGGUGGGACGGGAAGCGGCAUACUACCGCCCAGCCAUCGUCCAAUCCCACAUCGAGGCUCGACGUCUCCAUGGAAGAGGGCCGGGGACAACAGCAGCAGAACUUCAAAAUCGUCACUCAUUAUCGGUCGAUUCUGUUCGUAGAUUUCAUGAGGCCUGCCGAGCUGGUCGUCGUAGAGCGGCCACUAGUGGAUGUGCUCGCGAAACUGCCGCCUCCUUACUUCAAGGCGAAGUACGGCACGUCAUGA